UCGGUCCUUCCUCCUGUCAUCCUGCAGCAAUGGUCUAAUUAACGGGGCUCUGUGGGAGAGGAGCUGCUCUGCGUCCUAUAGGAGCCUUUUGCCAAAUGCUGACUCUCUGUCAGUGCUGGGAGUAAAUGGAGGGGAACACUCGCUCUGCCACCAGGCAACUGGGGAUUCCUCUUACUAUGAAGUGGGAUUUUUGACUUUCUUUCCUGGACUUCGCAGAGUGGAUUUUCUCAUUUCUAUCAGGACACAUUUUCUUACUGAACACUCUGAGGCGGAUUUGUUCUUUUUCUACAUGAUAUAAAGAGCUGAAGGAAAACAGGUGGCAUUGGUGGGUUUUAAACCCCCUCCGCUGCAUGUUGGGGAGCUCAGCUCACCCCCCUGCUGAGAUCCAGCAGGAGCAGCCAAGACCUGGACACCGACAAAUUACACACAUUACUUCAACCAGGUGAAAACUGCACGUGUCUUUUUAUUCAAUCUGGUAACACCUUCACACUCACAGAAGUAGCUGUGUCAUAUGUGAGUCUGUCCAGCUGGUAGCAGGAUUUCCACCUCAGUGCAAAGAGGGAGGGGAGCGUGCAGUCAUCAGGUGGCCCAAGGAGAAGAUGCCAGCCAUCCUCGUGGCCUCAAACAUGAAGUCAGGACUCCCCAAACCCAAACCGGUGCACAGUGCCUUGCCCAUUCCCCAGACCCACAGCAGGCCGGCAGCUCUAGCACUUCCUCCGGCACCCGUCAAGACCCACAUCCCUUCGCCGGGCAAGCAGACGGGGUCAGGACCCCCGAAAAGCACAGCAGGGCCAGACGCUGGAGUACACACUAAGAUCUACACGGACUGGGCCAACCACUACCUUGCCAAGUCAGGACACAAGCGUCUCAUCAAGGACCUGCAAACAGACGUCACAGACGGAGUGCUGCUGGCUGAGAUCAUCCAGGUCGUAGCCAAUGAGAAGAUUGAUGAUAUCAAUGGCUGUCCCAAGAGCCGUUCUCAGAUGAUUGAGAACAUCGAUGCCUGCCUCAGUUUCCUGGCAGCAAAAGGAGUCAACAUCCAGGGUCUGUCUUCAGAGGAGAUCCGGAAUGGCAAUCUGAAAGCCAUCCUCGGCCUCUUCUUCAGCUUGUCCCGCUACAAACAGCAGCAGCAGCAAGCUCAGCGGCAGAACUCCCAGCCCACGCUUCCAUCCGCUGCCCAGUCCAAGAGCACACACCCUCCCCUGAGCCAGCAGAGCAGCGCCCCGGCACAGCUCAGCCACUCUCCGCAUGGGACUCCUGCUCUUACAGCCCAGAAAGCAGCACAGGCCGAGAUGCAGUCCAGGGAUGGGUCUCAGAGUAAACUACUCAAGUUUUCCCUUGGUCAGAAAAAGACCUCUAGACUUCCCGGCCCCUCAGCGAGGGUGUCCACUGCCGGCAGUGACAUCCCUCCAAGAGGCUCGGUCGGUGCUGCUGGGAACCGACGCAGCCAGGGCUUCAGUGAUAAGACCAAAGCCAACUUGCACCUGAACAAAGAUUCCUCAGAGGGCAUGACCUCACAGCCUUCAGUGAUGACUGAGCAUGCUCCGUCGUCUGCAGUGACCGUCAGCUCCUCCACCAGCAUCCCCGCUGCUACCUCUGCUCUGAGCCCCCCCCCUUCUUCGUCAUCCUCAUCCUCCUCUACCACGGCCAUCCCCCAGCCCAACAGCAACGGCAAGCCCUGGAGGAGCAAGUCGAUGAGCUCCAAGCACACCUCCUCUCCUUCUCCCUCCUCCACCAGCACCCCCUCUUCUUCCAUGCAGUCCAUCAAGCAGGAGAAGGACACCUCCUCUAAGGCUGCCCUGGCAAGUGAAGCUCCUCCUAAGGUUGCCACUCAGAAGUCAAUGCUGGAGAAGCUAAAGCUCUUUAACAGUAAAGGAGGCUCCAAAUCCUCCUCCAAUGGCGUAGGGGCCCAGAUGGACAGUUCUGCACCAGCCAGGCAGCUUGGAGCGGGGCAGGUAGAGAGAGCUGAAACUGGCUCCAACACCGACCCCCUGGAGGAAGAUGAUGGCAACGUCCGGCCGGGCAUGAACGGGACCAGCAACGGGACAGCCUACGCCGCAAAUCCCUCUGCAGGUACGACUGUCUCCACAACGGCCAGCAGCCCCAAGAUCGCCCUGAGGGGCAUCGCCCAACGCACUUUCAGCAGAGCUUUGACUGCCAAGAAGAGCUCCGUCAAAGGCUCAGAGAAAGACAAGGACAAGGAGAGGGGAAAGGAGAAGGAGAAAGGGAAGGAGGUGGGGAAACGCGUCUCUGUCCCAGACAGGACAGAGCUCAGGGGGGAGGAGCUUAAGGAGGAAGUAGCACCUGUUUCCGUAGACACUGACAGCUCGAGCAAAAGGACCUCUAAAAUCAGCAGCUUCAUUCCCAAGGGGGGUAAAUUGGCCAAAAAGGAGAGUUCAACCCCUGCACACAGCGGAAUACCAAAGCCAGGAGGCAAAGCCCCGGGAGUCGGGGGGAAAGCCUCCUCAGUGAAGGAGGCGGGGGAGAGGCCCCGGAGCAUGCGGUUGGGAGGUGGUCUCGCCAUGCACCGCGGGGCCCUGGACAGAGACAGGGACAGGGACAGCAGACACUCUAGCUCGACUUCCAGCCUGGCCUCCACAGAGGGAAAGAGCAGCGCCACCCCGGUUGCAGGCGGAGGCACUACGCAGAGCACAGCCAGCAACACUGUCAGCGUGCAGCUACCUCAGACUCAACAGCACCACAGCCACCCCAACAUGGCCACCGUCGCACCUUUCAUGUACAGAUCCCAAACAGAUGCCGAGGGAACAGGGAACCCUGAGAUCAGCUCAGGAGGAGUAGGCGGAGACAUUUCCUUCACCAAGACCAGCCAGCUCUCCAUCGAGGACCUAUCAGGUGAAGACCCAGAAACAAGGCGGUUGCGUACCGUCAAAAACAUUGCUGACCUGCGGCAAAAUCUAGAGGAGACCAUGUCCAGCUUGCGGGGAACUCAGGUCUCACACAGCACCUUGGAAACAACAUUCGAUGGCAGCGUCACCACGGACAUCAGCAGUGGCGGAGGUGGCAGUGGUGGCAGCAACAACAGUGGAGGGGGUCGGAGCAUCCUCAGCCUCACUUCUACCCGUCCCUCACUGUCGUCAUGGCGACUGGGCCAGUCAAGCCCCCGUCUGCAAGCGGGCGAUGCCCCCUCUAUGGGGAACAGUUACGGCAGCCGGGGAGGACGCUACCUGUACCCCGGGCACCUCCGACGGCAGCUGGCCGGCAGGGGUGGAGCCAUCUGCAGCGUGGAUCUUGCAGACAGAGCCGGGGAGGACAUUGACCUGGACAGCAUCUCCAUGGAGGUCACUGGAUACAUGAGCGAUGGAGACGUGCUGAGCAAGAACGUUACACGCACUGAUGAUGUCAACAGCGGCUACAUGACUGACGGAGGUUUGGGUCUGUACACGCGACGCCUCAACCGCCUGCCGGACAGCAUGGCCGCCGUCAGGGAGACACUCCAUCGAAACACGUCGUCUGGACAGGGAGAUGCUGACAGCUGGGAUGACAGCAGCUCUGUGAGCAGUGGCAUUAGUGACAACAUCGACACAGAUGACAUCAACACCAGCUCCUCCAUCUCCUCCUACGCCAACACGCCUGCUGCACAGCGCAAGGGCCUCAGCACACAGCCUGUGACGGAUGCAGAGAAGCACUCGGCCUCCACAGCGGUGCAACAGGCCUGGUCAGGAGACGAGGUGAAGAGGGCAGACGGCGGGUCAGACAGCGGGGUCAGGAUGGAGUCGGGCUCCAAGUGGGGCCGCAGGAACCCCUCCGACAUGUCUGAUGAGUCGGACAAGGGCGGCUCAGGGAGGAAGACCCCCUCCGUGUCCCACACUGGCUCUUGGCGGAGAGGCAUGAGUGCUCAGGUGGGGGUGACGUCCCCCAGGACUAAGAGCACCAGUAGCACAGGCUCCACGGGCUCUGUUGGCCUCAAGAGCCACACUUCAGGUAAAACAGAUGACGUGAAGGUGUCAGAAAAGGGUCGUCUCUCUCCUCGAUCAAAUGGUCUCCACCGUUCGCCGUCAGACACAGGGCGCAGCAGCAGUGAUGAGGCCAAGAAACAAUCGAUCCCCACCAGCCGCACAGGGACCACAAACGUCCUCACGCACACUGUUUCAGACCCCCACUCUCAGACACAUACGCUCACCUCACGCACCCCCACCAGCACUUUUGGCUUCAAGAAGCAGGGAAUGGUAACCAUGGUUACUGCCAGUGGCGCCACCAUCACAAGUGGCUCAGCCACUCUGGGGAAGAUGCCCAAGUCUGGGGCUCGCUCACUCGCUGGAGGGUUGAAGGCUGGUGGGCAGGAUGGUGGAUCAGCGCUGGGUCACCACGAUGAUGGCUUCCUCCCCAUGAGCGCCCGCUCAACGCUGCAGUACCGCAGUCUGCCGAGACCCAGUCGCUCAGGAGCAGCCGCCCGAAACCGUUCCUCCACCAGCAGCAUCGAGGCCGCCGUGCUCUCUGUCACGUCUCACGGGAAAAACUCGCUGAGCGUCACAAAGUCCAACGGCUCAGGAGGCCUGCUGGCCAAUCAGACAGAUCGGGAAAAGGGCGUCUCUGAGAUCGACAACCUCAGGAGCGGCGUCGCGAUGCAGGGCGGAGGAGCAGCAACUGUUCCUCUGACAGGAAGACAGCAGGUUUCUUCACCCACACUGCGCAGGUUGUUUGGCGGGAAGCCCAGUAAACAGGCUCCUGUCACCACAGCUGAAAACAUGAAGAAUUCCACUGUUAUCUCUAACCCCCACGCCACCAUGAACCAUGUGGCCACGGUGCUGGAGUCCCCUGACGGAGGGCUGGGAGGCGUGGAAAGUGAGACCAGCAGCCCCCUGUUCGGAGGCAGAUUGCAUGGAUCAGGAAUGGGGACGCUUGGCAGCGAGCAGGCCUCCAGUCCUGGCUCAGUCUACUCCUCCACUGGCCCCUCCAACAGCCUGACGUGGGGCACCACCUUCAGCAGCUCCUCAGCCCAGAGCAGGGAGAGCACCCUGGGCGGUCACGGCGGGGCUAGCAGCGUGGGGUACCCCUCCGUCAGCAGCAUGCACACCAGCAGCGAGUCCAUCGACAUGAGCCUGGGCAGCGCGGGUCAUGGGACCCACAGGGAGGACACCCUGUCCGCUCUGGGCCGCACCGGCAGCGUCAAGACCGGCAUGUCUGAGAGUCCCCUCUCCUCCCCCUCGGCUAGCCCAAUAUUCAGCCGAAACACGCUCCCUCGGAAGCAGGACAGCGGGCCACACUGUGGUAGAAACACUCUGCCUAAGAAGGGACUCAGGUAUGGGCCAUCGCCACAGCUGCGAGGCCACGAGGAGGCCCGUGAUUGGCUGCGCUCCCACUCCACCAGCGGGCUGCAGGACUCAGCCAGUAACUCCCCGUUCUCCCCCAGCUCCAGCCUCACCUCCCCCUCCGGUACUCGCUUCAACUUCGGACAGCUUGCAUCCAGUCCGACCUCAGCAGCUCAGAUAAACCUCGCCGGUAUGCGCAACAACAGCCUGACCAAUCAGGACGACCCUUGCGGCGACAACCGACUGAGAAACUCGUGCAUGUCACUCGACGAGAAGACUCGCACCAUGAGCAGAUCGGGCUCCUUCCGGGACGGCUUCGAGGAAGUUCAUGGAUCAUCCCUGUCUCUGGUCUCCAGCACGUCUUCAAUUUACUCCACAAAUGAGGAGAAGUCUCAGUCGGAGAUCCGCAAGCUGCGCAGGGAGCUGGACGCUUCCCAGGAAAAGGUUUCCGCCCUGACGACACAGCUGAGUGCCAAUGCUCACCUGGUGGCAGCGUUUGAACAGAGUCUGGGCAACAUGACCAUUAGACUGAAGAGUCUCACCUUGACGGCAGAGCAGAAGGACUCUGAGCUGAAUGAGCUGAGGAAGACCAUCGAGCUGCUGAAGAAGCAGAAUGCUGUGGCUCAAGCUGCCAUCAACGGAGUCAUCAACACACCCGAGCUCACGCCUAAAGGUGAACGGACAGCUGGCAGCAACGGCAGUCAACAGCAUCAGCAGCAGAAUCAGCAGCCAGACCUGCGCAUCAGGAGGCAGCACUCCUCUGACAGCGUCAGCAGCAUCACCAGCGCAACGAGCCACUCCAGUGUAGGCUCCAACAUGGACGCCGACGCAAAAAACAAGAAGAAGAACAAGAAGAACUGGCUGCGAAGCUCCUUCAAGCAAGCGUUCAGCAAGAAGAAAUCUCCCAAAUCGGCCUCCUCUCAUUCAGACAUCGAGGAGAUGACGGACUCGUCGCUGCCAUCCUCCCCUAAACUGCCCCACAACGGCACCGGAGCCUCCAGCCACAUGCUCAGGAACACACACUCCAACUCGCUAUUGUCUGAGUGUUUGGACAGCGAGGCGGAGAUGGUGAUGCAGCUGCGCAGCGAGCUCAGAGAGAAGGAGAUGAAACUGACGGAUAUCCGCCUGGAGGCUCUCAGCUCCGCCCAUCAGCUGGAUCAGCUACGAGAGGCCAUGAACCGCAUGCAGCUGGAGAUCGAGAAGCUGAAGGCAGAGAACGAUCGUCUGAAGGUGGAGAAUCAGGGCAGCAGGAUGGGCUCCCAGGCCUCCAUCUCAUCCUCUCCUCCCCCUCACACACACAGCCAGGCCCAAGGAACCGGGCCGGGGCUCCCCCAGCACAGCCUCAACCUCACCACCAGCGAGUCCACCAGCCUAGACAUGCUGCUGGACGACACCGGUGGCGAGGGAGGGAUGAGGAAGGAGGGGCGACACGUGAAGAUGGUCGUCAGCCUGGACGAGGACAGCAAGUGGGGAGAGGAGGGCCGUCCUCGCCAUUUUCUGAUUGGUUGCAUCGGUGUGAGCGGUAAAACCAAGUGGGACGUCCUGGAUGGAGUGGUCCGACGACUUUUCAAGGAAUACAUCACCCAUGUGGACCCCAUGAGCCAGCUGGGCCUGAGCUCAGACAGCGUGGAGGGAUACAAAAUCGGAGAAAUCCACCGGCCCAGCAGCGCCAGCGCAGCUCUUACACCGGAGCUGCUGCCCUGUGGCUACCUGGUGGGAGACAGCAACACCAUCAACAUCCAACUGAAAGGUGUGAGCAGUGAGAACGUGGACUCCCUCGUUUUCGACACCCUGAUCCCGAAGCCGAUGCUGCAGCGCUACGUCUCCCUGCUGAAGGAGCACAGGCGCGUCAUCUUGUCCGGCCCCAGCGGGACAGGAAAGACCUACCUGGCCAAUCAGUUGUCUCGACACCUGCUGCUGCUGGAGGGCCGACCUCUGACACCGCACGCCAUCGUCACUUUCAACGUGGACCACAAGUCCAGCAAGGAGUUGCGUCAGUACCUGUCAGGUCUGGCUGAGCAGUGCAGCAGUGUCCCGGGGGUAGACAGCCCUCUAGUGGUCAUCCUGGACAACCUGCACCACGUCAGCUCCCUGGGAGAGAUCUUUAAUGGUGUCUUCAACUGCAACUACCAGCACUGCCCCUACAUUAUCGGUACCAUGAGCCAAGCCACAUCAUCUGCCCCCAACCUGCAGCUUCACCACAACUUCAGAUGGGUGCUGUGUGCCAACCACAUGGAGCCAGUGAAAGGCUUCCUCGGUCGCUAUCUGAGGAGGAAGCUGAUCGAGACUGAGAUCGGCAGCCGAACGCGUAACAUGGAGCUGGUGAAGAUCAUUGACUGGAUCCCACGGGUUUGGCACCACCUCAACCGCUUCCUGGAAAUGCACAGCUCCUCUGAUGUCACCAUCGGACCUCGUCUCUUCUUGUCCUGUCCCAUGGACGUGGAGGGAUCCAGGGUUUGGUUCACUGACCUCUGGAACUACUCCAUCAUCCCUUACAUGUUGGAGGCUGUACGAGAGGGACUUCAGUUGUACGGUCGCAGGGCAGCGUGGGAGGACCCUGCUGCCUGGGUGAUUGACACCUACCCAUGGUCAGCCACCCCUACUCCAGCUGAAUGGCCCCCGCUGCUGCAGCUCCGCCCUGAGGACGUCGGUUUCGAUGGCUACUCUGCCCCGAGAGAAGGAGUCAGGAAAGAGCCGACACAGAGCGACAGUGACGCAGACCCACUGAUGAACAUGCUGAUGCGUCUAAAGGAGGCAGCGACAUCGUCGAGCCCGCAGAGCUACGACAGCGACUCCAACAGCAACAGCCACCAGGACGACAUCCUGGACUCGUCGCUGGAGUCGACCUUGUGAUGUCAUUAAAAAGCAUCGCGGGGAUCGGUUUUGCAGGAGGAACUUUUUUAUAAGAACUGUUCUCACCCUGAGAACUUCUUGUUGAGAGUAUAAUUUCAUGCCACAAAAAUCCAGCCACCUUAAUUUGGGUGCAGGUAACCCAAAUAUUUAAAAAGAAGAAAAAAAAAAAAAAGAAGUUCAAAUCGCAUUUCAGAAAACGGGCAGCAAAAGUUUCUACUGCACUGCACUACACUGCGCUGCACUGUUUUUAUUUUUAUUUUUUUUGUUUGUUGUUUUUCACCGCUGUGGCCAGUGGCUCCUCUGUCAGGAGCCUGACAUCUACUUCAGACGGACAGAAUAAAAGCACACAGCCUGUCACUGUUGCUGGGGCGUCAUCCUCACCAUCAUCACCAGCCAUCAGCAUCCUUGAACACCAGCCAGGAGUCCUCCACCGAGCUGCAGCUGCAGAGUCGGCUCCAGCCCGUCAGGCUCAUCACACUCCAGCUGGGCAGGACCAGCUGCAGCGCACCUGAGCUGCCUGCAGAUGGCGAUACAGCCCUUCAUCUCAAGAGCAUCAGAGACUCGCGAGUUACCGACUGCUGAAAAGAGAGGAGCCUGCUGCUGGUUGGAUGGAUGUACGAACAGCCAGCAGCCUUCUGCUCUCCCUCCUCCUCUAGGGCUGAAGUUGCCUGUGUGAUUGCUGGAGGGUAAAUCGAGCCAAAGUGAAUGUUAAGACAGCGUGUUUGCUCUCCCUUGUCAGAAACUCCUCAGACAGAUCGUUCAUUUUACAUCCCAAACUCCAGACACAAGCCCCUGUGACACAGCCAGUUCAAGGCGAGAAUGUAGCGCCGGUCUACCUACCCGAUGUGAGUAAAAAAGAUGGGACACAGAGUCGUCACAUUAGACGGUGAUGAUUCGGUGUAAAAGAGCAAAGCCGCAUUAUGAGGGAGCUUUGCUCAUAAGGGGUUCUGUGUGAUUUGAUUCAACUCUAAGCUAUAUCAGAGUCACAUUUUUUAGCUAAACAAAAAAAAGUAACUUUAGUUUGCAUUCAAAACGAGAAUUUUUUAAAUGCAAAUCCAUGAUAUCACACUGUAGCAACGUUCUAACACCAGCAUCACAAUGUCAGCGUCUGGGGAAGAAAAUCUCAAAAAAAACAGGGCUUGUUUCUAGAUAACCAAAACCUUCUUGCAUCAGCGAUGAUUGUGGUGAGAAUUUUUGGUUGAUUUGAAUCAAGCGUAUCUCCUUACUUGACUCUCCAUAUCUUUUAAUCAUCCUGCCUCACUGCUGAGAAACUGUUGUUCUACCAGAAAGAAGUCUCUUUUGAAAUGGAGCAAAACAACAUGUGUGUCCACACACACCCGUCAGACAAAAAACAAAACACUUUCAGGAGGAACAGGCGCUUACUUGAAAGUCAACAUUCACCAUGGCUGGAUUUAUCCUUUUUAACGUUUACUGUGUUUUGAGAUAAUGUCCUUAUUUGUGUCGUGACUCGUCACAUUAUUUCACAGUUAACGCCUCAACCACUUCUAAGUUCUCGCUCGAUGUAUCCAUGCACAUUGGCCUGAACAGGCUGUUGUAGCACGAAUCUCUUUUGGUGCUGGACCGAACUCUAACAAACAAUGCCUUACUCUUUUCUAAAAGACUAUAUGUGCAUUAGCUGAUUUCUUUAUUUGUCUAAAUGGCUGUAAACUUUAACAGGGCUCCCGAGUCGACCCUCUCCUCGGGGGAGUGACGUCGACUUCUCAUCAUAUCAGACACCAAUGCCGUGGAAUCGUGAAUGAGAAGCAGCACUCUGGGUUUCAGAGUUAAAGGCGUGUGCAUGUGUGACCCGGCGCUGUGAAGCUGGUGUAAAUACUCGGACCACUAGCGAGGAAAGAUGAAAUUAUAUAGAUGUGUUUCGGUGCUUGAAAUCAGAACGUCUUUGCAGGUUGACUGGAUGAGGGAAGUCUAGGAAGAUGCGAUUUUAUACCUCAUCCCCAUCCUUUCUGACUGUACUGUCGCCAUGCUCACAGUCUGUUCCGAUUACGUGAUCGGCGAUGAACAAAUGUCACGAUAAAACCUGUCGAACUAAUUAAGCGACGACUAAGUGUAUAUGCUGCUUUGUUUAUAGUGAUAUAAUUAAUCUGAGGUUAAAGGUAUAAAGGUACUUGUGGUUGAAUGGUGACAUAAAAAACGGUUUGACAUCAUUUCUGUGGCUUAAAAAAAUAAAGAAUAUUGUACUUUCUUUCUUUACUUUAAAACCUCCCAGCCUUGUCCUCUGGGAAGGGGCAGGGGGAGCGUUCAGAGGCGGGGGUCAUGCAUCGCUUUCGGUGUUUUUUGUCAUUGAUCCUAUGCAACAUUCAUCCAGAUCUCCAAAAGCUGAAUGUGAGUUUGUCUCUCCCCCCCCCCGCCAUGAGACGUACAGCAUGAAACCAGAUUUGUGAAGACUUUUUGGAUUUGUCGCCCACGUUCUUUGUCCACAUGUGUGUCUGUGUAUUUUAUAGAGGCUCUCCUGCUACGGUCCUUGUAAGCACAAAGAGACUGAUUCUCUGCUCGUCUCGUGUCAACGCCUGCUCCGAGAGGUGUGGAUGUUGUCGAAAAAAAGCAUUUUGACCAGUCUGUCAGUUUUAUCACUCACAAACUCAAUGAAUGUUUAGCCUUCUUUGCUAUGUACAUUUUUUUUUUUUAUAUGUAACAUAACUUUGUAAAUAGUUGAUUAUCUCGCAGCAUUUUGAUGACUUCUUUUCUAGCUGAUUUGUAACAGUACUUGAAAAAAGGAGUAUUUUGUGUACAGUCUCUUUACAUCAGAGCGGGUCGGUGCUGUUUGUCAUCGCCGGUCUGCCGAGGGCUCGGAGAAUUAAAUCUAUCACUGUACUAGUCUUAAGUUAUUGUGAUUCAAUAAAAUUAAUGAUUAUUUAUGAUUGAA